UGUGAAAGAGCACAAUGACCUCCCUUAGCCUGGCACGCAAUACUCUGGAACCUUUUAUUCUAUGUAUGACAAUAUGAUUUCGCAGUCUGUUUCUAUCGUCUUAGGGGCAAAACAUGGUUUGGCGUGGGAGGGUUUAGAGCAGUGGGGCUGAUGCUAUCCUCUCGUUUUGAUCGCGAGCUCUUGUUUCAAUCGAUGUCGUCAGACGGACGCAGGACGGCGCGCGUCAAACCUUUGACCUUCCACUGUAAAUAUUGUCAAACAAAAGUAGUCAGGAACGGGCUGGAAUUCCAAUGUAAAACAGCCUCGUUCGAGCCAACAUAACAAUAAAUGCUCUCGUCGUGUCACUUUUCAAGGGACCGAUCAACUUUGCCUUUAAACCACCCCGCGUCGGAGGUGGUCAUACUUUUCUGCUUUCGAGGCGACCACCCUGUGACCUUCACGUCGUCCACUAUCGCGACAUUUUACGGGAUACGGGUAUUUUUUAUUUUUUUUUUCGUCCCAAAGUCACUUGGCCUUUUCUUUGAGUGCGUUGCGAAUAUGAUGAUGUCACCGACGCCACUUUUUCCUGAAGUUAUGGCGGAGCACCAUUUUCACAACUUCUCUUGGUAAUGACCAUUGAGAGCACUUGGCUUUACUGAUGGAGCACCUCCAGGGAGCAUGGAAGACACUGAGCAAUGGCUUUGGAAUGAAAGACUCUGCUUUUGAGGGUCCGUGCCUUUCACCGACCAUGGUCCAGGGAUUUCCCUGCCAGCGCCGCUCCUCAGAUGACAGCAAGAUACCCGACUCAAAGACUAGCAGCACCAUCCGUGUCUACCUCCCAAACCAGCAGCGCACUGUGGUGAACGUACGGCCAGGUGUGACUCUGCAGAACUGUCUGAUUAAAGCCUUAAUGGUGCGAGGCCUGCAGCCUCAGUGUUGUGCUGUUUUCAGACUUCAUCCUGGGCAGAGCAGUAAAAAACUACGGAUGGACUGGAAUACAGACUCAACCUCCCUGAUUGGUGAAGAGUUGCUGGUGGAAGUUUUAGAUCAUGUGCCUCUGACCACACAUAAUUUUGUCCGGAAAACAUAUCUGAAGCUAGCGUUCUGUGACAUUUGCCAAAAGUUUCUUUUGAACGGUUUCCGUUGCCAAACGUGUGGCUAUAAGUUCCAUGAGCAUUGCAGUACCAAAGUACCCACAAUGUGUGUGGACUGGAGCAAUAUCCGACAACUCCUUUUAUGUCCAACACCUGGUGAGAGUGGUGCACCGUCACUUCCCCCGUUAACAUCUCGUCGAAUGAGAGAAUCAUUAACUCGCUUUCCAAGCUCUGCCCACCGAUAUUCAACGCCCCAUGCCUUCAACUAUGCCACGCCCUACUCGCCCACAGGCAGCAGUCUCUCCCAGAGGCAACGCUCCACUUCAACGCCAAACGUCCACAUGGUUAGCACAACCCUGCCUGUAGACAGCAGUAUGAUUGAGCUAGACUGCCUGAAUACCUUCCCCACCUCCUGGUGCCAUAGAUUCUGGCUGAAGAGAAAAGUAGGUAUAGUCCACUUCUCCCAGUCUUUUGUUGAGACCUCAUCCGAGAGUCCAGAAAAGGAUGCAAUGCGAGAUCACGACUCGGCUGGGAGUUCCCCCAACCAGAGUCCUACUGGCUGGUCCCAGUCCCAAGCCAAAACCCCUGCACCGGCACAAAAAGAGAGGGCUACGUCCUUCAAUACUCAGGAGAAGAAUAAAAUUAGGCCUCGGGAGAAGUGGGAUUCUAGUUACUACUGGGAGAUUGAAGCCAGUGAGGUCUAUCUUCAGUCCCGCAUUGGUUCAGGCUCUUUUGGAACUGUAUACAAAGGGAAAUGGCAUGGCGAUGUAGCAGUGAAGAUUUUAAAGGUGACCAACCCCACUCCAGAGCAGUUUCAGGCAUUCAGAAAUGAAGUAGCUGUCCUGAGAAAAACGAGACAUGUCAACAUCCUGUUGUUUAUGGGCUACAUGACGAAGGAUAACCUGGCCAUUGUGGCCCAGUGGUGUGAGGGCAGCAGCCUCUACAAACACAUUCAUGUCCUGGAGACAAACUUCAAGAUGAUCCAGCUAAUUGACAUCUCCAGGCAGAUAGCUCAGGGCAUGGACUAUCUACAUGCAAAGAACAUCAUUCAUCGUGACAUGAAGUCCAACAGAAUCCUUGACAGCAAGGAAGACAUAUUUUUGCAUGAAGGGCUGACUGUGAAAAUUGGCGACUUCGGUCUGGCAACGGUAAAGGCCCGGUGGAGCGGCUCUCAUCAGGUGGAGCAGCCUUCUGGGUCUAUUCUCUGGAUGGCUCCUGAAGUCAUACGGAUGCAGGAUAACAAUCCCUACAGCUUCCAAUCAGAUGUCUAUUCCUAUGGAAUUGUUCUUUUCGAGCUCAUGACAGGCGAGCUCCCAUACGCCCAGAUAGCUAACAGAGAUCAGAUUAUCUUCAUGGUGGGACAUGGCUAUCUGUCACCUGACCUCAGUAAACUCUACAAGAACUGCCCCAAAGCCAUGAAAAGGUUGGUCGCUGACUGCAUCAAGAAGUCCAAGGAUGAGAGGCCGCUCUUCCCGCAGAUCCUGUCCUCGAUCGAGCUUCUUCAGCAUGCCUUGCCUAAGAUAAACCACAGUGCCUCAGAACCGUCCCUACACAGAGCCUCUCACACCGAGGGUAUCAACGCUUGUACUCUGACCUCCACCAGACAUUGGACAGCUCUGCCCCGUCUACUGUCCCAACAAUGUCCCUUCGAACUCAGCACAACAAUGAUCACUACACCCAAACCGCACCAUAUACAAUACUUAAUGCAUUUUUGAUCAGUAUGAUAGGGAAGGCGAAGAGGAGGGAGCAAACAGGGAUAGCGAUGCAGUAGGAUUUACAAAUGAAAAGGGUGGAGGCAGAGCCUACCCUAUUGCUGCACAUCAGACAUAAUGCAAGUGCCGCUCUGUAAAUAAUAUAAACGUACAUUUACCUAAAAUGACAACAAAUGGACAUUGAAGGAGCUCGAGUGUCUGCUUGACUUUGAAAUUAAGCACACGCAACUACAACCCCAAUUCCAAUGAAGUUGGGAUGCUGUGUUAAACAUAAAUAAAAACAGAUUACAAUGAUUUGCGAAUCAUGUUCAACCUAUAUUUAAUUGAAUACACUACAAAGUCAAGAUAUUUAAUGUUCAAACUGAUAAACGUUAUUGUUUUUAGCAAAUAAUCACUAACUUAGAAUUUUAUGGCUGCAACACGUUUCCAAAAAGCUGGGACAGGUGGCAAAAAAGGCAGGUGUUUGAUGAGCAUUCCUCAACUUUCUCAGUGUGGACCAUCCCACAGGUGAACAGGCUAAUUGGGAACAGGUGGGUGCCAUGAUUGGGUAGAAAAGGAGCUUCCCUGAAUUGCUCAGUCAUUCACAAGCAAAGAUGGGGCGAGAUUCACCUCUUUGUGAUCAAGUGCGUGAGAAAAUAGUCCAAAAGUUUAAGGACAAUGUUCCUCAAUGUACAAUUGCAAGGAAUUUAGGGAUUCCAUCAUCUACGAUCCAUAUCAUCAUCAAAAGGUUGAGAGAAUCUGGAGAAGUCACUGCAUGUAAGCGGGAAGGCCGAAAACCAAGAUUGAAUGCCUGUGACCUUGGAUCCCUCAGGCGGCACUGUGCAGUUCAGAAAACCAAUGUCAGUCAAUGCAGUUUGGCGCCACAUCCGUAAGUGGAACUUGAAACUCUGCUAUGCAAAGCAAAAGCCAUUUAUCAACAACACCCAGAAACGCCGCCGGCUUCUCUGGGCCCGAGCUCAUCUAAGAUGGACCGAUUGCAAAGUGGAAAAAUGUUCUGUGGUCCGACGAGUCCACAUUUCAAAUUGUUUUUGGAAAUUGUGGACAUCGUGUCCUCCGGGCCAAAGAGGAAAAGAACCAUCCGGACUGUUAUGGACGCAGCUUUUUUGGAAUGUGUUGCAGCAAAUUCUAAGUUAAUGAUUAUUUGCUAAAAACAAAGUUUAUCAGUUUGACCAUUAAAUAUCUUGUUUUUUUUGGUAGUGUAUUCCAUUAAAUAUAGGUUGAACAUGAUUUGCAAAUCAUUGGGGUUGUAUUUGGCCGCCCAUUUUUUUAAGAGCACUCUUUUUAAGAACUCAGCUGCUUUAAGAGGAAAUCCACAAUGAUCUAUUUUUUGGAAUGAAUAUUUUGCAUAGUCUUACAAGAUAGUGGAACAGGAUACGGGAAAUGUUUUUUUUGGCCAUUUGUCAUCUUUUACGUCUAGUUUUGUUUUCAAGUCACAUUGACGCGACUGAAGCCUGUCAAACGAGCACAGGAAACCAUGGAAGGCCAUGAAUUUGCACAUUUUGGCAAAAGUAGUAGUUUCCUUUCGAAGUCAACAACAGUAUCUGAUGUUUCACACAUUCUUUGCAAUUGCUGUAACGAGCUGGACGUUCAGGUUGUUUUGAAUAUUUAAAGUGAUUUGGAAACUAAUUUGUAUUUGUUUAUCAUGUCUCAUUGAGCAGGUCAAAUGUGUUGUCAGCUUGGUAAGAAAGUUGUCUUCACUAUUUUAAUAAAAUAAAAUUUGCCAAA